AUGUCAGGCCCAAAUGCGCUACUGAAGGCGGUUAGUGCGGGACGGUCGCGGCAGGUUCGUCUGCUGUUGGAACUGGGAUCCUCCAUCGAGGAGCAGGACGAUUGCGGCCAGACGCCCCUUAUAAAGGCAACAUUUAUCGAGAAUGCUCGCAGCAGAGAUAAAAUCAUUAGAACGUUACUGAAAAGGGGAGCCGUCGUCAGCAAAGUUGACGUCGUUGGACGUAACGCUCUCAUGUGGGCAUGCUCGUGCGGAAGUGACAGUGACGUGUCGCUCUUACUUGAAUACGCCGAUAUUGAUUUGGAUUACAACAGGGUUGAUAUCAACGGACAAACGGCUUUGUUUCAUGCCGUUUCUUCUGGGAAUGCGGCAACAGUGAAGCUGAUGGUGUCGGUGUUGAAAAAAUAUGGCUUAUCAGUUGAUACGGCGGACUACAGCAGUACGACACCGCUCAUGCAAGCUCAGCGCCGAGGUUAUGACAUAUGUCAAAGCAUUUUGAUAUACGAGGGCAGCGCAAAAAUUGGUCUCAGUGAAACAAACUAUGAAAUAUCAAAACGAGACAAGUGGGCUGUUUCGAGUUUGCGUGAUCGUUCGAAAGUGAAGAUAGCUCAAACAAAGCAAAAACUGUCGCAGUUUCCACCGAUUGCGAAAACAAAUCCCGUAGAAUGUCCAGUCAUUGACAAUCGGCGAGAAUAUUUUGGUGCCAUGGCGUUUGACUCCGAUGCGGAAAGUUCUUCUUCCGAAAGUGAUGACAUUUUAGGCGCAUCUUUGAAGAUCAACGCAAAACCAUUACGGCAAAGAUGUGAUAAAAACCGGAAUGUUACUUUGAACGAAAACGGUACUAGGAAGCCAUUGAUGAACCCAAAUAAAUAUCGCCAUAAAGACACCCCCAGGAUUCGUUCGUCCUUACUUGCAUCUUUUGAAAACCAUGUCGUGGAGUCGAGCGGUGAAGAUUCGGAAGAGGACUCCGUAGCGAGUACCAUAGUCGACGGGAAUGCGGUGAAACUCAGCCCGCCCAUGACGGACCUGACCACUAUCUACGGCAUGAAGCAGGAACAGAUGUCCGCCUCUUACAGGAAGACUGCUGACAAGUUCGAAGAGCCUGUUGAGCCAGAAAGGGAAGAGGACACUCCGCCGAUGAGAGGAAAAGGGGCGAACGUCCGAAAGUGGAAGCAGCUGAGGAAAAACCUUCGAUUUUCUAUAACUGGGUCAAGUACAGACUCGGAUAGCACUCGUGAAUCUUCGGGUUCUUCGAGAAUGACACAGCGAGGCGACAAGAAGACCGCGCAGUAUAGUCUUCCAAACAUAGAUACUCUAGCGAGCAAAGGACAGAAGAUCAAAGGAGCAACAAUUCGUCCGUCGAAAUUUCAACCAAAACAACCUACCGGUAAUUCUGCGUCCGACAAUGAGCCGAACAGAAACUAUUCUGAUAUUUAGAUUUUUGCGUGUGAAUGUUCGUGCGUUCUCUUGUAUUGUUAUCCAAGAUAAUGUAAAUAUUU